AUAAUUUGGAUAAGUAUUCGGAAAAUAUGGGUAAAUUUGAUAGUCCUAACACUCAAGAUAAAAAUUCAACGAGUACAAAUCAGCCAAAAUUGACACUAAACUUGAUGAGAAGAGAGAGUAGGUCGUCCGAACCUCGAGCUCAAGAUCAAUUGUCCAAGAAGCCAAGCAAAAAGGCUGAUUUUAAAUUCACAGACCUGUUCUGUGCUAUUGAAAAUGCAGUCAACACAGCUGGUCCGCAUAAGACAGUUUCCAGGCUGAUCUCUGAUGUUGAAAACACUGCUAUAAAACCGACAAAAGCCUUCCCAGUUGCUAAGAAGAUCAAGAGACAUAUUAAAGAGAAAUAUAAGAAAAAUAAACAUGUUGGCAAAGUCUUCAAGAAGAUGUGCAAGCACUUUGACCAUGUAAAGAAACAAAAAUGUCGAGAUAAUCCUAUACCUGCCAAUGAGUUUGCUAAUUUCUUAGGUGGACUUAUCUUUAUGUCCAAAAGUAUAUUAAUUCCCCAUAAAAGGUCUAUUGACCAAAACGACCAGUCGUGAGUAGAGUCAGCCUAUAACGAUUUUCCAAAUUCCAAAGAGUGAUUUCACUGCUAUGGCCUAAAUACCAGGAACUCUAAUAAUUCUGAGCGGGAUAGCCUAUCCAAAACAUCUAAAAUCAGUGAUGCUCACCUAAAUAAUGCUUCGGCUCCCAAUAGAUUGACUACUAAUAAGACAAAGGAGUCGGCUAGCAAGGAAAGGAUCCUAGAAGAGCGGCUAAAAGAGUGUACUGAAUGAGACGAAGAAAUUGAAGGAGACUACUACGCCUGUAGUGAAUGUGAAGGCUAUUUUGUAUGUCCUGACUGAGAAGAAGACACUGAACAUGACCAUGUCUUUUAUAAAAUUAGACAAGGAAGGAAAUAUAGAGUUGAAGGAGGUAGCUGAGGGCCUAAAGUUCCGAUUACCAAUUUUCCAGUCCCUGAUUCUUUGGGAGUUAACUGUUCUGAUUCAAAGAUUGAUGUUUCACAAGUUAUGAGAAAUUUUGAUUUUAAUAAAUUUUCAAAGUCUACAGAAAGAGAUGAUGGGAUGAGGAAAAUUAAAAAGGCUUUACUAAGGCCUGCAGUAAUAUCCACCCCUGAAGGACCUUUGAUUGGAAAAACUCAACAAUAUGUUAUUGCUCAGUUUGAAAUUCAAAAUCAAUCCAAGCAUAAACUACCGAAAAAGUUGUAUUUGAAGAAAACCUCUGAUGAUAUCUGUGGAUUUGCUACAAUAGAAGACAUUGAUGCUUUGGGGCCAGGCGAAAGCAAGAUAGUUCAGCUACCAAUCCUUCUUCCAACAAAACUAGGGACAUAUAAGCUGACCUUCUCUUAUUACACCCAGCAUGGAAGAAAGCAGGGUACAGAUUUGUAUCUGACCAUAAUCUGAGAAUCUUAAUACUAAUCUUCUCUUACUAAAUUCCCAAC